CUAGAUCUAGUGCCGGUAGAGAUGCAGCACUAUAACAACAACUACUACUACUACUACAACUACAAUCUGAGCUACGAGCCGCCGGGCGAUCGUUGGGCGGUGGGCAGCGUCGGCAGCGGGAUAAGCGGAAGCAGUCGGUUGCAGCAGCUCAAGCGAAGGACACGGUACGAGCUGCAGCAAUGGCCGCUGCUCAUGCAGCUGCUGCUGUUUGUCAUGUGGCUGAAUGCCAAGUUCUGGCAGUUGGUCAACGAACAGGUGACCUACCGCCGCCGCAGGUGGCAUUGAGGGAACGAGAAGGAGGAGCAGGAACAAGUGCGACGACGGGUGUUGCUGGGUAUGAGUUCGAUCUAGCUUAAGUUGUGAAAAUUAUGCCCACACUCUUUCAAAAUCUCAUCUCAAUAAAAAUAAUCAAAAUGCGCUGCGUAGUGGAAGCAGUGCAACCACA